UUAGAUUAGUACCAUCAGUCGGUUCGUCGAUUUUGCAUUAACAGGUCCUUUAACUGUCGCCUGUAAUAUUAUUUUUAUUCUAGUUGUUUUAGUGCAAACUUUAGUUACAAAGCUAUGGAUAACGAAGGUGAGAGAGAGCGUCUCAUUCCACCCAGCGCCGAAUCCGAAUUACAACCACGGAGAGGAUUCCAAUGGCGCUACACAAUUGAAUUGCCUCUUUUCUUAAUAAGUUUCGGCGUUGUACUCGCAGCUACACCGCUAAGCAACAUCAUCAUGUACCGGACCUGUACCCACACACUGGGCCACACAGUGGGCGAGUGCCACACGUUCUUAGAGCCGGACAGCAUGAAUCACACCCAGGAGUUGGAGAAUGAGGUCCAGAAGUACGUCACGAUGGUGAAUGCGGCCCAGACUGUAAUAGCAGCCGUGGUGCCGGCGGCUCUGUCUUUGUUCUUGGGGGUGUGGUCUGAUAAGUAUGGCAGGAAACCGUUGCUCGUAUGGACGUUUUUAGGCAUGACGUUCAAUGGCAUGCUGUCAGUGGUAUACAGCAUGGUGGAGUCGCUCGGUCCGUGGUGGUACAUCGUCAGCAGCCUGCCCUGCGCUUUGACCGGCGGCUUCCACAUCAUCAUGAUCGGAGCCUUUUGCUUCAUCAAGGACAUCACUGACGAUGACAACAGAUCUUUUAGGUUAACCAUGCUCACUCUAACGAAUGCGUUGGCCCAGACUACAGCUACAAUGCUCUGCCCCUACAUAGUGAAAUGGAUCGGCAACGUUUACUUGCUGUUGCUCGCGGCCACUUUAUACACGUUAGCAUAUGCCUUCACCAUGGUCAUCGUUGAGGAGUCUUUGACCAAUAUCGAACAGGGCAGCUUCUUAUCAGUGUUGAAACUGUCGCACAUAAAAGAAAUGGCAAUCGCCUGUUUCUCGAGAAAACCUGACUAUGGCAGAGCAAUCCUACUUUUAUCAGGAGCUACAUGCUUCCUCUCUCUAUUUCUUCUCUAUGGAGAGAACGGUCUUCUGUAUAUGUACACGAGGGAACAUUUACACUGGACUAUGAAAGAUUUCACCAUGUUCUCGUCCAUCAGUACCGGGAUGUGGUUCGUUGGGGCCUUUGUUGGCGUGGCGUUUAUACAAAAAUGGCUGCGGAUCAGCGACCUGACCUUCACCGCGAUAUCUUUCAUGUCUUGUGUAGUGGAGUACACAGUCAAAACUGUUGCUACGACUACAUGGCUCAUGUAUUUAGGCUCUGCUCUGUCGUUAUUCGGGACAGUCUACGCUGUACUCAUCAGGUCAUUCCUGAGCAAGACGCUGCCAAGUCAGGACAUAGCCAAGGUCUUCGGAUUCCUGAGCUUCGUGGAGGCAUUCUGUCCGUUGCUCGCGCCUCUUGUGUACAACUCACUGUAUGAGGCGACCAUAUCGACAUUCCCUGGGUCAAUUCUGGUACUCACCGCGGGGAUAUAUGCUGUGUGUUUCAUUUUGACCCUAAUCAUAAAGUGCAUCACCAUAAGAAUAAAUACUUCACAGUCAUAUGAUGUGAUACGAGCCCAUGUGCAAAGUAGUCCGUCUGUUAGGAUACGUGAGGCACACUUAAUUAUGUAAUAUAAAAUUUUCAUAAAAUAAAAAGCUUGUGUCAAAAAACUAUUAAGUAACCAUAGUUUCGACUAUAUCUAUACUUACUAAUAUUAUAAAGCUGAAGAGUUUGUUUGUUUAUUUACUUGAACGCGCUAAUCUCAAGAACUACUUACCGGUCCGAUUUGAAAAAAUAUUUCAGUGUUAGAUAGCCCAUUUAUCGAGGAAGGCUAUAGGCUAUAAACCAUCACGCUACGAGUAAUAGGUGCAGAGCAAUAAUGAAAAAUGUUGCGAAAACGGGUUUUCACGCGUACUACUUAAGUCGCGGGCACAGCUAGUUUCGACAUAUUUUAAUUUCUUCCAUGACCUGACAUAACAUAAAAAAAAAAUUAUGAAAAGAUGCAAUUGAUGUUGAUGAAGAAUUAGAUCUCUUGCUGUGAAAAAAUGGGGAUGCGUAAAUAAAUUUUCCCCUCAUUUUUAAUACUAGACGAACUCUUUUGCAUUGGGUCCGUACAUAAGUAUGGUAACACUGCUGAAUGAAUUGCGGUAAAUCUGAUUCCGAUCAAAAUAUCAUCAACUGUCGUAGGUAUAGUUCUUUAUUGGCGACAUUUUAUUUCGAUAGCGAAUUGGACGACAACAUUUAGCCUGAGUUACUUUAACUUUGGCAAACGUCAAACUCCAUAAAAAAACAGCGCUUAUUGUUAUGGUUACGGUUAUAGUCAGGUGGUGGAACUCGUGUGUGAUGAACUGUGAUAUAAGACUUAUUUGUUUAAAGUUAUUUUUUUUUCAUUGUAUUGUAAAAAUUAUUUGCAA